UCCGUCAGCUGAUUUCGUUCUCCCGGGAAGCGACGACAGCCCUCGAUCCCCUUAUUUCCGCGCUUAAAUGCCGUCCUCGGCGCCGAGACGACUCCGGUAACAGCAAAAUGGACUCGAAGAAGAUGAGGCCGACGCGAUACGCCCAUUUCGAAGGACACACGGAUCUCUGUUACACCAGUGAUGGAAGGUACAUAGUAACGUGCGGGACGGAUGGAGAGGUGCGCGUGUUCGAAGGCCUCGAUGAUGAUGACUGCAAGACGCACGUGGUGGCAGAGUGUGCGCAUUCCAUUGCUUGCCAGGACGGGAGGUUUUUGGUUGGCACCGACAGCAACCUCGUCCAAGCCUACACCCUAGACGAAGGCUCUCCCGAUGGCAUUAUCACCAGGUUCACCGCCCCGACCACACACAUUGUUGUCAGCAAGGAUGCGAAGACUGUUGCCUGUGCUGGAAGUGACAUGACCAUCAAGGUCCAUGACACAGUGGCAUACAAGGACAAGGUCCUGAAUGGUCACCAAGCUCCUGUCCUCUCUGUUGCCUUGGAUCCUAAAGGGGAGUUUUUGGCGUCCUCUUCAUGCGACGGGAGUGUGAAGGUGUGGGACCUGCAGACAUCUGUGUCGGUGGCCUCCUGGAACGUCGUGCCCAAGACGAACAGCUUCUCGUCCUCCCAAACCUUGUGUCGCAUGGCCUGGACGUCAGAUGGCCAGUACCUCCUCGUUCCAGUGGGGAUGAAGGUCCACGCUUAUGCUCGGAAGGACUGGCAGAUUCACCAUUCUUUGGAGCAUGAGUCUAUAAAAGAGACAGUAUCCUUGGCUGCAGUCUCCAGCUGUGGGCGGUUUGUUGCCGGGGCUUGUCGAGAUGGCGUGAUCCUGGUUUGGGAUGCCAGCAGCCGCCAGAUCAUCCUCUCAGAGAAGCAUCCCAAAGGUCUUGCCAUAACGGGAAUAGCGUGGAACCCCAGCGGGAAGGAGGAGUUGGCGUUCGUCGACUGUGAUGGGCAGUUGGGGACGCUGGAGAACAUCAUUGAGGGAGACUAUUCGUCAAAACCAGGAAAAUCAGACAGCAUUCCGGACUCGGAAAAGGGAGAUGGAGCAGCGGUCUUCCCUCCGGUUGACGUGGACAUGGCGGAGGAAGAGGAUGAAUUUUCACUGGCUAAGAUCAAGCAGCAGUUAGGGUUUGCAGAUGACGAGGAAGGCACGUUUGUUGGACUGCCCGAGGAGAGUGAUCUCGCCAAGGGAGACCCAAGUAUAAAGCUGAAGGACGAUGACGCAGCAAGCAUCAUCACCACCAAGACCGAGGUGCCGCCUGCCCCCGUCAUGAAGCUCCCCGAGAUUCAGAAGCCCUUCCAGCCUGGCAUGUCCCCGGAGCACCUCAACGACAGAUAUAUGCUAUGGAAUAAUGUUGGCAUUGUGCGCCAGUAUUCGAGUGAGGAUGAGAACAGCAUAGAUGUUGAGUUUCACGACACCUCCGUGCACCAUGCCCUUCACCUCAACAAUAACAGUGGGCACAGCAUGGCAGCGCUGUCCACCCAGGCCCUAGCGCUAGCAUGCGAAGCCCAGGACGACCAGCCAAGCAAGUUGGCAGUGCAGCACUUUUCAGCCUGGGGGGGAGGCAAGGAGUGGCAUGUGGACAUGCCCAGCGAGGAGGAAAUCUUGGCCCUGUGCAUCGGGGCCGGCUGGCUGGCCGUGGCAACCGACCGCAGGAACCUCAGGAUCUUCUCAACGUCGGGCAUACAGAGGGAUAUCCUGAGCAUCCCUGGCCCUGUGGUGUGUCUGGCUGGGUUUGAGGAGCAGCUGAUGGUCGUGUUCCACAGUGGCAUGGGUGUGUCUGGCGAUCAGCACAUGUCAGCUGUCAUCCUGAGCGUGAAUGGAAACAAGCACCCCGUUCCCCUCUCGUGCCCCUUACCCCUCUCCCCCCGCUCCUAUCUGGCCUGGGCUGGAUUCACUGACGAAGGCACGCCAGCCGUCAUGGACAGUGCUGGCAUUGUUCGCAUGAUGCACUUCAAGUACGGCUACAACUGGACGGUCAUCCUCAACACAAAGAAUCAUACAAAAGGCAAGAGUGACAACUAUUUCAUGCUGGGUGUGAGUGAGACCCAGGGCAAUGUGCGAUGCAUUCUCUGCAAGGGUGGACGCUAUCCCCCUGUAUUGCCCAAACCCCAUGUCUCCAUCAUUAGCAUACAGGUGCCAUUGUGCGAGUUGGAAACCGAGAAGGGCGGCCUCGAAGAGAAGACGCUGCGCUCUGGUCUGCUGCUGAACUCCCUGGAGCGACUUGGGCGGCUCGGCUACGACAUUGAGGACUCGAAGAAUGAAGCCGACAAGAUCCUGAAGGAAGCCAUGAUUAAACUGUUUGCUCUGGCAUGCCGCACUGAGCGUGAGUCUCGAGCCUUGGAAGUUUGCCAGUUGAUGCCGUCAUACCACACUGUCCAGCUGGCCAUAAAGUACGCAGGGAAGCUUCACCGCCUCCAGUUGGCCGACAAACUGGGCGAGGUCGCGUCGGCCAAAAUGCAGGAGGAAAUGGAGAAGGCUGCCAAGCUACAAGGCGUUGAGGAAGACGAUUUACAAAUGUAUGGCAGUGGCAUGAGGAGAAUAAGAACAAGAGGUGAAGAGGAGGAGGAUGAAGAGGACGAUUAUUCAGAGCAGGUUCAGGAAUCAAUGGAAAAUGGGGAAGAAUCCGUCGUCGACAACCCAUUACUAGCAGCUGCAUCGAGAAGAGAGAACGCCACCCCACGCAGCGGCCUCCUCUCCUCACAGAACUCAAAGAAUCCCUUCAAGAAAAGUGGCACUCCUUCAUCGGCACCUCAGAGUGGAAAGAGAGGCAUCAACGUCAUCGAUCAGUUCAGAAAGGCCCAGAAAAAGAUGGACUCCAGCCCUGUCUUGCGGCCUGUCGUCAAAAAGCCACAGGCCAAGCAGACAACGCUCAAGAAAGAUUCGCAGGAAGACCCACCGGUUGCCUCAGGGAAGGAAAAUGUGUCUGAGAACAUACCUGACGAGACCCCCAAGCCAUCUGCAACAAACCCAUUUAAGAAAGCCGAGAAGGCCACUGAUACUCCUCCCAAGAAGCAGUCGGCACUACAGCUGUGGUUGGCCGAUAAUGAGAAGGCAGUGAAGGAAAGGUAUCCUGAUGCUAGUGAGAAGGACCUGCUGGCCAAGGCUGCAAUGAUGUUCAAAGAUGUGGAUGCUGAUACUAAGCAGAAAUACAAAGCCCUGGCAGCUGGCACCCAUACGGCCACAGCAACCCCCGCACCAGAAACGACCGCAGCCCCAACCGAAGACGACAAAAAGCGCAAACGCGAGGAAACCACUCCAGAAUCUCCCGUUGAAAAGAAGGCCAAGGGAUCCGGCAUCAACAAGCUUGCAGCAUUUGCCUUCAACAAGGAUUCAUAGUUCUUGUGAUAUUGGUCGUUUGUAUAUAUUUAUGUAAAUGUUUUUUUAUAAAGAGAUUAGUUUUAACUUUA